AACAAGAGCUUUGAAUUGAAAAGUUUUGAUAAUAAUACCGGGUGGGACUGUGGGACAAAGUAAAGUCGAUGUCGAAAGUUCUGGUGCUUUUGUGAGUAGUUGUGAUUAUUCUUGUGCGUUUUUGUUCGAAAUUUGCGACAACCGCUGUAUUCUCUGCAGAUUAAAUUGCAUUCCUUAAAAUUUGAACAGCUACGAAUCAUGCCGUACUUCAAAUUGGACACCAAUAUUCCUCAAUCUCAGGUUACUUCUGAAUUUUUGAAGUCGACUUCAAAACUUGUUGCAUCCACCCUUGGAAAACCUGAAAGUUAUGUGACUGUCCAAGUAAACGGCGAUCAAAACAUAAUAUGGGGUGGUACCAACGAACCUUGCGGAUUCGCAACUUUAAUGAGCAUUGGUCAAUUGGGUAUCGAAGAAAAUAAAAAACAUGCUGCAGCUCUCUAUGAUCAUGUUUGCAAACAUCUUGGUAUUCCAAAAGACAGGAUGUAUAUCAGUUUCGUCGAUUCGUUGCCUUCCACUAUGGGUUAUAAUGGCUCCACAUUCCACCCGAUGCUAGGCAACAAAUAAGAUUGCAAAGUAAUUUUGAUUUUAUUUUAAGAAUUAUCACCGAAUAAAUGAAUCAACUCCGAUGUGAAAUACAUCGAACAAUUUUAUAUUACUCGCAUGCCAAAUAUUUUGAUGUUUCCCGUGCUAUUGGUCAUAGUUUCACUUGCUUGUGACAUGCGAGAGAAAAGACCAUUAUUUGUUAAUAAAAUAUUUUUUGAAGCAGA